AACAGCAAGAGGUGGCAUCGUAGCAACGAAGGAGAAGAAGCUAAACGAUGUCGUUUAUGAAAGGAAAUUUGCUUUCUCGAACCCGGAAGCUCGUGAAGGGUUUGGCCAAGGCAAAACCCAUUUGGCUCAAAGCCAUGGAACAAGCGCCACCUGCAACGUUUCCUCGAGCUGAGGCAAAAAUUCAGACCAUCACUCUACCUGAGGAUGUUUAUGUAAAGAAGUUCUACAAAAAAUAUCCGGAUUCUAAAUAUCAUGACCCCAUCAAGUUUAAUGCUUUUGAUCCCCCUCCAUCUCGUAUAUUUGGCUUGAGAGUUCUUGAGUUGAAAGAUCAGGGCGUUAGUGAGGAACAAGCAAUGGCUAUAGCUGAUAUGGAAUAUGUGACAGAGAAGAGGGCAAAGAAGAAAGCAUAUAUGCGUUUGAAAGAAAUUGCACGUAUUCAAGGAAAGAGACUUCCUCCAAACCCAUAUCCUAGUCCUAUCAAGGAGAUACAAGCUGAGGAGAGGAAAUAUGUUCGUGAUCGUUUCUACAAUCCGAAGAUACUUGAAAUUGUGAAGCAACAAAAAGCUGAGUCAAUGGAGAGAUUCAGAGGGAAUGAUUAGUGAGUUUUAUGGGGGCAAAAUUACACUACAUUGAAAGUUUGGCUCUUGAGAAAAUUAGCUCUGACAAUAAUAUUUACCCUUCAGCCACUGAAAAGUGCAUAAUUUUUCCCUGAUAUUAGUUGAAGUGUUUAAUUGGUUUAUUAGAUCAACAGCAAUAGAGAAGUUUUACCAAAGCUUCAUGCAAGCACGGUUUAUUCCAGGCUACCCAUGUAGCUUUGUGAGUACUUGUUUGGUUUAAAGUUAAGUAGAAUUGAUUUCGAGCCAUUGAAUAUGACUAAGAUAC